AUGCCUGCCAAAAGAGAUAAGCGAACGGCAGCUAAAAUUACUACUAAAGCAGAAGAAAAUCAGAGAAAUACAGACGAGCAGGGAACAGAGAAACCCCCAGCAAAAAAUAAAGGCAGGGUUCCAAAAGCUAAAGCUGUUGGAGAGCAAGCCGAACAAACUGAAGCUCCGGAGAAGAAGCCGGGACGGGGCAGAAAGAACGUGACAGCUACUAGAACUUCUGAUGAAAAUGGAAGUGAGGCUGCAAAAAAUGUGCCUAAGCGAGGACAGGCAUUGAAGAAAACGGAAACUGAAAAGUCUAAAGAUACAGGUAAUGAUGUAACAGAGUUACAGCGGAAAGGGGCUAGUCGAGCGACCAAAAAAGAUACCAAAGUUGGUGAGGUAGUGGCGCAGGCAAGAGGAAGAAAAGCCACUAACAAAGGUGCAGGCAAUGAAGAUGGAGAGCCCGCUGUUAAGAAGUUGCGAAAUCCAGCCAAAACUAAAGACAGCAAUGAAGCUAAACCGAAGCGUAAGGUGCGGCAGCAGAAGAAGGAGCCUAAGGGCAAAGAAGUGAAUGAGGAGGGUAAUGAACUCUUAGAUAAUGGUGACAGUGCCCAAGGUGCAGACAGGAGUGAAGAACUCAGAGUUUCUGUUGAGCAUUGGUAUGUUUAA